UAACCUACAUUUGGUCAUAAUAUUUUACAUGAUAUCUAAUGACACGUUAAAUGCUUACAUAUGUAAUUAUUUAUUUACAGCUCGAAUACCUGCACGUUUGGUACUUUACUUUUUAUCAUGGUCCGGUUUUUUGGUUUCUUUUAUGAUGCGCAACGAUAUAAACUUUGCCCUGGUGGCAAUGACUCGUACAUCUGAUGAGUGGAACUCAUCAAUAACAACUGUUUCCAGCAACAAUACAUUGUUUACACUCAAUAACUCUGCCUGGGUAAACGUCUCCUUGCAACAUGUUAUAGAAAAUGCAACUAAACAGGCUGUUUUCGAUGAUGCUAUCAAUAAAACUGUGAUAAAUCAAAAAAUGACUGCAGGCAGUAAUGACGGCUUUUACGAUUGGUCUCCUGCGGUGAAGUCAAUAAUUCUUAGUUCCUUUUACUGGUGCUACGUGCUCUCACAGGUUGUUGGUGGUAUUGCCACCCAAUAUUUCGGCACAAAACAGGUAUUCGGUUGGUCUCAAUUUGCCACUGCAUUAUGCAGUCUUUGCAUUCCGGUCAGUGCCGACUUACACUAUUCUGCUGUGAUACUACUACGAUCAGUGCAAGGUUUUGCAUCUGGUUUAACAUGGCCAGCUAUGUAUGCCAUAGUUGGGUACUGGAUUCCAUUAGCCGAACGCUCACGAUUUAUGUCAAGUUUUCAGGGCUUUAGCAUAGGUAUCGGUUUAACAUACCCACUAUGUGGAUUUAUAAUUUACAACUUUGGCUGGCGAUACGUUUUUUACACGACCGGAUCAUUAGGUAUAAUUUGGUGUAUACUGUGGUACUACCUAGCAUUCAACACGCCAAAGGAACAUCCACGUAUUUCUGCUGAAGAAAUCGAAUAUAUUGAAGUUAGUGUUAGCUCCGAAGCAAAAGAAGCAUUACGCAUGAAAGUGCCAUGGAAAUCGAUUUUCAUUUCUUUACCUGCGUGGGCGAUCGGAAUAACAACAUUUGGAAGAAUUUGGAUUCAUUACAUAUUCAUUGUAUGUGGCCCAAGCUUCAUGAAAAACAUGCUUAAAUUCAAUUACAAAGCAAAUGGUUUUUUGUCCGGCAUGCCGUUCAUUUGCUCUUAUAUUUCAUCUGUACUAUUUUGCUAUGUUGCUGAUAAAAUUAUGCUAAAUAAUUGGAUGAGUCUUACAAAUGUUCGUAAGCUUUUUACUGCCUUGUCACAAGUCGUUCCUGGAAUUCUAAUAUACUGGAUUGGUUAUAUUGAUAAAAAUAUUUUAUUAUUAUUGGUUAUAUGGUUUGUGGCAGUUACAUUCAUAACAGCCUCCUAUGCCGGUGCUAUGGCUAAUAUUGUUGAUAUCGCUCCGAAUUUGGCUGGGCCGGUUCUUGCUUUUUGCCAAACAAUACAUAUGUCGGCAUCAUUCCUUUCUCCGCUGGUAUCGGGUAUAAUUGUCACAAAUGAGAGUUCCAUUGAACAGUGGCGCACAGUUUUUGGAGUUUCAUCGGCAAUAACGAUUUUAACAUAUGGUAUUUUCCAAAUUUACGGCACAGCUGAAAUUCAAAGUUGGAAUUACCCACAACCGCGCAUUGACGGGUCGGCCGAAGAAAGCCAGAUCCUUAAGAAACGGAAUGAAGAGCCCAUUCCGAAAGACGACAUGUAGACUAUAUGAGUAUAUAUACAUACAUGUACUUAAUCAAGCGAAAUACUUAACCCGUGUUUAACAUUAUUUACUAUGGCAUAUUAAUUUUUUAGCAUUUUAUAAUUGCGCGUAACGAAAACGAGAGUUAUUAUUUAAUAUCUUUGUAUGCGCACAAAUGCACAUAAGUAUACAUAAUGUGUGCAAAUACACCUAUUGUCAAUAAUUUGUGCUUCAAAUCUAUGGUUUGUUAUAUGGGAUGGGUGUAAGUUCGUCUGUGUAUAUAUACAUACAUAUAUUACAUUAUAUUUGUAACAGUUGGGAAUUUUUAAUUUCUUGAGUUAAAAUAUGAGGGUGGAGUUUUGUGAGAAAUAAUAAAAUCGGUUGGUGCGAUUGCCUGAGAAUUUGUGAUAAUUUUUACUAGAGCGUAUCCAUACUAAUAAUAUGUCGAUAACUUUCAAUCAGAAAACCAGCUGAUAAAAUUUAGCUAAUUGUUAUUGAUUGCAUACGAAGGUCUUAAAGUUGAAAAUAAUAAA